AUUUUCUUCACUAGAUAUAGUGUAUCAAAAAGGUGUCGACGCUUAUACUAAAGAGCGGUGGUCUGAAUGUAUUGUGCAGUUUGAAGAAAGUUUACAUUUGUACACAGUGUACAAAGGUGUACUCAUUAAUUGUAGGAUGAAAUAUGAAUGAUUUACCUAAAGCUGCUUCGGCCACUUACACAUAUUUAAUGGCACAUCCUGAUGAUGUAGACAUGAAAAAAAAUGUUGAUUAUUAUGUUCAGCAGCCUGAAGUGGAUGCAACAGAAGUAAUUGACUUGGAACGUGAUGAUUAUGAAGUUCUUUACAAACUUGGCAAACAGGCUUAUAAUCAAAAGAAAUGGGGUGAAACUGUAAACAAUAUGGAAGAGGCUCUAACCCAUUUUCUUUCCUGGGAAAAUUCCUGUCGUGCUGAAUGCGACCGUCAACCUGAGCAGGAGUGGUCACCUGAAUUUGCUAUAACAGUUUCAAAUAAUAUUGCCUCCGUUUUAACAUGCAGACAGAAAUGUCAAGAUGACUUGAAACCACCCUAUAAGUCUGGGGUGGAAAUAUUGGCUGACAUACUGAAUUAUAUACAAAUUUCCUAUUACCAUUUAGAUAGAAUUGACGAUGCUGCAAAAGCUGUUGCCACAUAUUUAGCACUAUAUCCUAAUGAUGAAGAUAUGCUUGAGAACAAAAUCAUCUAUAAAACUCUCACUGAUGAGAAAAAAUUUAUGGAAAUACCAGACAUAAUAUACUAUUUUAAGAGAGAUAAGUAUGAAAAGCAACUGUUGGAUUUUUUUCAUAAAGAAGAUAAUAGUGACACUAAUGCCAAUUCAAUAUAGGCAAAUAUUUAUUUUUAAGAUAAUGUAAUUUUUUCUAUUUUAGUAUUUAAGCCACCAAUGUUUUUACCAAAUAUAAUGUAAUUUUCUACUUUGUACUAUGUGCCAUAUUUUUUUGUUAUAAAAAUACAUUUUGUAUAAUAAUAAUUCUGCUUU